GUCUGAACACGUUUCGAUCGAUUACACUACGAGAGUUGUUGACUUCGGCGAGUCGACUGAAGGCGGCACGUGCCCUUGGUCGUGCGCGCUCACUUCCCCGUCAACUGCAGAGACAGCUUCCUCGCUAGUUUGAGCAUCAUGUCGUUCUGUCGAAGGAGGUGCUUCAGCUGUCUGCAACGGUGUUUCAUGUCGGGUCGCUAUAGCAGGCUCGCUCGUUGGAGAGGAAGCGCCCAUGCCUACGGCAACGCUGGUUGUGCCAUCGGACACACUGACCGUCGUUGCUUCCGAUGAUGCUGUUGUGCACGGUACAUCCCCCGCAGGGUCUACAGCAGCAGCUCUGGCGAUGGCAGCUUCUUGGCUCCGCCGCAACGCCAAUGCGGCCAUGCGUUUUUCUUUCAUAAGCUUUCGUCGGGCGAGCUCGGCACGCUCCUUGUACGUAGGUGCGCAGAGCUGGUCUUCUGGCGGAAUCUCCAUCGAAAAGACAGCGCCGCCGUGUUUCUCUUUCAAUUCGUUCUGAAUGAGCUCCAUCAACGACUUCUGGCUCCGCACGUACGCCUCAAACGACUGGCGCCCAGAAAAGUAGUCGACGCCGUCUUUUCCCGACAUGGUCUUGCCUCGAUUCGCGACUUGGACGUGUGGCUUGCAGUAAAUGAAUCCUUUCGGCCCCUCCACCCAUUUCCACCCGUGUUUUCGCAGCACUGUUUUCAUCUGAUCGAGGCGAAUGUACAAGUUUCGGCUCCGCUUCUUGGGUUUGGCUGGCGGUGGUUUCGUCACUGGAGCACUUGCGCUCUUAUCGUUUGACGGCGCUGACAUGGUCGUUGGUGCGUCCGAGAGCUCCGACACAGAAGGCGCUGCGUCUGGUGGUGUGUGGGAUGGUGACGGAUCGACCAAAAGGAGACCGUCAUGUGAUGGCGCUGCUGCUUGGUCGGGCAAGCUAGUACCCGACGACAUCGUCACCUUGGACGGUGGUGGCGUGUGCGACGGAAUCAACUGCAUUGUGGGAGUUGGCCCUAUGGAUUGUGGAAACAGAAUGGACGACGGGUGGGAGGGAUCGAGCAUGGAAAAGCGGCUGGGGUCGCCCAUCGAGUGCAUCCCGGCAAGAUGAUGCUGCUGGAGAUGUUGUUGCUGCUGUUGGAGUUGUUGUCGAGCUUGUCGUUGGCGGGCCUGGCCGUUGGGUGUGUCCCUGUCGACUGCGAGAAUGUCACAGAGCAUGUCGAGGGGGUAGUUGAGCGAUCGCGCGCGUUGGUCCAUCAAUUCGGCGGCAGAUGGCAGUGUCGUCGGCGCUCCAGAUGGAGGAUGUCCUUGUUGGGGCAUUGGGAUGCCGCGGGGCAUGGAGGCCACUGCGGCCAUGUGCUGCUGAAGUUGGUGAUGUUGUCGCUGUUGAUUGAGCUGGUUCUGGUGCAUUUGAUUGUUCAGCUGAGCUUGGAAAAUCAUGCGUUCGACGCGUUGCCAAUCCCCUGAAUGCCUCCAGUACAUCUCAACGUUCGCUUCGCCCACGAACACAUUCUGGUUGAACACGGCAGUUCCCACGACUGUUCCUGGCUUGAAAUAACUCAUACCAGACAAGCCCCAUUGAGAGAACCACCCUUCGCGACUCAAGCACUGGAACACUUGUUGAAAAGUCACGCCGCGGUGCUGAUGCUGGUUCAUCGGGUGUCGGUAUGAGGCACUUCGCCAGGCUUGGAUAACGCUGGCGCCGUCG